AUGGUGUUGCAGGGAGUGCAAGUGCAACACAAUGUGUCAGCUGGAGUGAUCGUCAGCAACCAGUCUCUGGUGAUCCAGCGAGUGAGGCGCCAACAAACUGGUCUCUACACCUGUGUUGCCUCCAACAUUGAGGGAGACGGUCAGAGCAAUGCUGUCAUUCUUAAAGUUCAGUAUGCUCCUGUGUGCGCCUCUGGACAGAUCCAAGUCUACGGUGCCGCCAGAAACGAAGAAGUGUCAAUCACAUGCCGUCUGGAUGCUGUGCCUCCUGUUAUUCAUUUCUUCUGGAGAUUUAACAGCAGUGGUGACGUAGUCGACAUCGCAGAGAAUCACGUGGCCACACAGGGACUCCAGUCUUCCCUGUCUUACGUGGCUCGUACAGAGCUGGACUACGGUACGUUACUCUGUUGGGGCAACAACGCGCUCGGCAGGCAGAAGAUACCCUGUGCAUACAAGGUUGUUGCUGCAGGCAGACCCAACCCACCAGAGAACUGCAACCUUACUAACCUGACGACGGAGACCAUGAAGGUGCGCUGUGUCCCUGGAUAUGAUGGAGGACUUGUACAGAAUUUCAUUAUUGAGGUUUAUGAGGCCGAGAGUAAACGUUUACUUCUCAACAUAACAGAAAACACCGCUCCGGAUUUUUCUCUACGAGGCCUUGAACCUGGAACCUCCUAUGUAGUCCAUGUUUAUGCUGCCAACGAGAGGGGUCCAAGCGAGAAGCAGUAUCUUACCGGCUACACGGUCAGAGAUGCGGCUGAGAGACGCACUGCCCAGGUUCGCCCACCGCCUGAAGAACUGGAACCUAUCACUCCAAUACUCGCAGUGAUGGUGGGGGUGGUUGGUUCGCUGGUGCUGGUGGCGCUGGUGGCAGUAGUGGUAGUCAGCUUCAGGAAAAACGAAAGUUCAAGGAGCAAGACCAUUACACUGCCUUUACAGAUGUCCUUGGCUGGCACGCGGGACGUGGAUGACAACAACCCCGACCUCAUACCUGCUAAUGGUAAAUUACUUUGGAAUAAAUGA